CAUGCGCUGUAGGCUUGUUUGGCGGUGCGCACGCGCGUUGGCUCAACCGCAAACUGCCAACUUCCGCUUGCUGGCGUCGUUUGCUUUGAAACAAGCCGACAAAAUAGGAAAAAAAAAAAAGUCAGGACAAAAUUGACGUUUAAACGCGAAGUGCACGAAAUUUGGAUUUGAAAUGGGCGACGCCGAUUGCUGCGGAGGACGAUUGAGCUCCGUUGAGUAACGAGCAGAGGAAGACACAAUGUGGUGGUUCCAGCAGGGCCUCAGCUUCCUGCCGGCCCUCCUGGCGGUCUGGACUGCGGCUGCCUUCAUCUUUGCCUACGUGACGGCGGUGGUCCUGAGGCACGUGGACCCUCUGGUGCCCUACAUCAGUGACACGGGAACGAUGGCACCGGAGAGGUGCGUGUUUGGCAUCAUGCUGGAUGUGUCGGCCUUUUUAGGCAUGGCUACCGUGUACGUCCGCUACAAACAAGUGGAGGCGCUGACUGGCGACGGCAGCGGCUGCGACGUCUCCAGACUGAACCGCUUGGGGCUGCUGCUGGGCCUCUUCAGCUCCAUGGGCAUGUGCGUGGUGGCCAACUUCCAAAAAACCACGCUGUUCUGGGUUCACCUGCUGGGCGCCGUGCUGACGUUGGGCGUCGGCGCCGUGUACGUCGUGGCGCAGGCGCUACUGUCGCACCGCAUGCAGCCGCACGUGCACAGCAGGAGGGUCUUCCACGUCCGCCUCGCCCUGGCGCUCUGGGCCCUCACGAGCAUCAUCGCGAUGUUCGUGUCGUCCGUGGUCAUGUACAGCAGCCUGCCCGGUGUGGACGUCGCCCGCAAGCUGCACUGGACGCCCGGAGAGACGGGCUACACGGCUCACCUGGUCAGCACGCUGUGCGAGUGGUCGCUGGCGUUUUCCUACAUCAGCUUCUUCUUGACGUUCAUCCGAGACUUCCAGAAAAUUAACCUCCGAGCCGAAGUGAACGUGCAGUGCGCCCACCUGUACGACCGGCCGCCCAGGAGCUUCGGCGGCGAAGUGUCCGAGUCGUCGCCGCUGCUGCUGCCGGGAGACACGUAACCACUGACGAGUACCCAAAAACAAACACCACCACUAGCACAACUUUUACAAUCACUUUUUGUACCAUUUCCUAACACCACCUCCAAAAAUAAUUUCUUGGCCAACGAGUCAUAGUCGCAACAGGGGGAAACCACUUAGCUGUAGAAAAUUAUGGAAAUCAAAAAUAAUCUACAUGCUAUCUGACAAAGUAAAACUACUCACCCUUUGAAGACACUUGGGAAGAUUGUCAUUUGGUGGUUAAUUACAUGUUAAUUACAUAACGUCUUUAUCAUAAAAUAAAAAUUGUAUAGAUGCUCACUGAGCAAAUUUCUCACCCGGAUUUGCGGGUGUCACGGGUGAUGAUGGUUUGAACAGUUUUUUUUUUUUUUAAAGACAACAUAAAAAUGUAAAUUUUACUUGUAAUGUUGAAAAAAAAAUAAAGCAUUGUUCAUUUUGU